AUGUCUGAAUAAAAGCAGCCAAAUAUUAUCAAUUACUUCUAGCAAUACAAAUAAGGCAUUCAGAAUGCUUUCAAAAUAUUGGAAGAGGUAGAUUUUGAAUUGCCAGAAGAGGAAGUGAAGCAAAAGAUUCCAAAAUAGAUUGAAGAUUAAAAACAACCGAUAGAACCUAAAUUCAUUUCACAAGCAGAUACAAAAAGAGCGCUUGAGAAUAUUGAUAAAUUAAUUUGUUAAUUAUAAUUAGUAACACCAUUAUAUAGUGAUCCAAAAUAUUUAAAUUUCGAGUCAAAUGAUAGGACUAAAAGGUAGACUUAGAUGAAGCAUCAAUAAAUGUGGGAUCAAAUCAAGUUGCAGCAGAAAGAGCGAUUCGCGAAGUUUUAAGAUUAAGAAAUCUUGGAGAGAAUACUAGAAUUAGACACUUAAUUGAAAGAGGAUUAUGAAUACAACUUCUAAUUUUCAAGUGGCACUCAAAAAAAGACAAUUUAAAUCAAAUAUCACGAUGUUUUAAAAUUAAAUCCACCCAAUUAUUUGAAUGAUGGAAUUAUAAACUUUUAUUUAAAAUUUUAUCGAGUUCGAAUUACUCGAUGAAUCCUUGAGAUCCAAAAACAUACAUUUUUAACACUUAUUUUGUGGAGAAACUAUGUCCCUUUGACAAAUUGCAGACAAUCUAAUAGAAUGACAAUCAUAGAAUAAAUGAGCUUUUCAAGCAAUCCUAUGAGCAUAUAAAGAGAUGGGUCAAAGAAGAUUUGACUGAAAAAGAGUAUUUACUAUUUCCCAUCAAUUUACCUGAGCAUUGGUCUCUCCUGAUCGCUCAUAAACAAAGCAAAUCUUUU